GAGGCGAGUCUGUGUGCCGACGCCGGAGGAGGAAUCGCAGUGAAAGAAACCGUGUGGCUGCACUGAGGAGGGAGACACACUGAGGAGGACAGACCAUUGCAGAGAGAACGGCCUUCUUGCUGACCCAUGAAAGAAGCCAUGCCGGUCCUCUCCGCAGGCACAGGCCUGCACGAGACUCUGGCUCUGCUGACAUCCCAGCUGCGGCCAGAUGCCAAUCACAAGGAGGACAUGGUCUUUCUCAAAGACAUCUUCAGUGAGAAGAGCCUCGGCUACCUCAUGAAGGUGCAGAUGAGACCAAGUUGAGGAUAGGGGUUCAUGUGUGUCUCACUUUAAUCCACGAGAAGCUGAGGCAGUACGAGCGCCAGAGUCCCACCCCUGUCCUUCACAGUGCAGCUUCACUGGCCGAGGAUGUCGCAGAGGAGCUGCAGAGUGGACCAAUGAGUGUUGAGGAGAAGGAGCUCCUACAGCUGUUGACGUCACCCCAUCUAAAGGCAGUUCUGUCAGUUCAUGACACGGUGGCCCAGAAAAACUUUGACCCUGUGCUUCCCCCACUGCCUGACGACUUCGAGGAUGAGCUGGAUGAGGAGUCCGUGAAGAUUGUCAGAUUGGUGAAGAACAAGGAGCCACUGGGGGCCACUAUCAGACGGGAUGAGUCCACAGGGUCGGUGAUCGUGGCUCGCAUCAUGAGGGGCGGGGCUGCAGACCGAAGUGGGCUGGUCCAUGUGGGGGAUGAGCUGCGGGAAGUCAACGGCAUCUCCAUCAUCCACAAGAGACCUGAUGAGAUCAGUCAGCUUCUGUCCCAGUCUCAAGGCUCCAUCACCCUGAAGAUAAUCCCAGCUAUAAAAGAGGAGGACCAUCUGAAGGAGAGCAAGGUCUACAUGAGGGCCAUGUUUGACUACAUCCCAGCAGAGGACAAGGCCACGCCCUGCCAGGAGGCGGGUCUUCCUUUCAAACGAGGUGACAUCUUGCAGGUGGUAACCCAGGACGACCCCACCUGGUGGCAGGCAAAACGGGUGGGUGACAGCAACCUCCGCGCUGGACUCAUCCCCUCCAAACUCUUCCAGGAGAGGCGGCUGGCCUACCGGAUAAAAGUGGGCUCACUCCCGAACCCUAGAUCCCCUAAAACGGCUACCUAUGACCAGGGAUGUGAUAAAGAGGACUGUGACUGUGAAGGCUACUUCAAUGGACAGUACAUAGUCUCUCCUAAGUGUAAAGCAGUGGCGCCAUCCUGUGGCCAGGUGUUUUCCUGGGAAUUUUAUUCAGCCGGUCUGAGGAGGAGUUUCCGUCUGAGCCGAAAGGACCGGUCAGGAUCCCCUGGGGGGGAGGCGACCCCCGACCCCACUGACCCAGACUUCGCCACCUAUGAAGAGGUGACCCGUUACCAGCACCGGCCCAACGAGAGACCCCGUCUGGUGGUCCUGAUCGGUUCCCUCGGGGCUCGUAUCAACGAGCUGAAACAGAAGGUGAUAGCGGAGAACCCACAUCGCUAUGCGGUGGCAGUACCACAUACCACCAGGCCCAAGAAGCCUCAUGAGAAAGAGGGGGUGGAGUACCACUUUGUCACCAAACAGGCAUUUGACACAGACACCCUGAGCAAUAAGUUCAUAGAGCACGGGGAGUACAAGGAGAACCAGUACGGUACCAGCAUAGAGGCCAUCCGCUCUGUACAGGCCAAGAACAAGAUGUGCAUAGUGGACGUGCAGCCAGAGGCUCUGAAGACACUGCGAACAUCUGAGUUCAAGCCAUAUGUCAUUUUCGUCAAGCCGCGCAUCCCUGAGAGCAGACGCCGUCGUAGUGCAGCCACCUCGCCAGCAGGGGGAGAACAUGGGCGCGUGACGGAUGAGGACCUGCAGGAGAUGCGCCAGUCGGCCCAGCAGAUGGACCAGCAGUACGGCCACAUGGUUGACCGGGUCCUGAUCAAGGAGGACUCAGCCAGUGCCUGCGCAGAACUACGGGGCAUCCUGGAGCGGCUGGAACGGGAGACCUUCUGGGUGCCGCUCAGCUGGGUGCGGACCUAACCCCUCUCCACCAAACACCACCCUCCUCCCUCCCACAGCCAAUCCUCCCACAGGACCCCUGACCUUCUCCGUUUCAGCCCUCCCCUGGUCUCCGGGAACCCUUCCUCCAUGGUGCGGCCUGUGGGGUCCUAAGCCUGGCCUGACGCCUGAGACAGGGAUGGGGGGAGAAGGAGAGACAAGGAAAACCCUUUGAAACAUUCCUUUGUUUGGGAUGUUCAUGGGAAAGACUGUCCUACUGGUUAAAGCCUGGCUGACAACCUCGCAAAAAGUGUACAGUACCUGUUGAUCUGUUCAUCAAAUGAUUGUUUUUCAUAUCGUAUUUAUUCAAGUUGUUGUUUUGUUAUUUAUUUCUGUCAGCCAGCAGGCCAGUCGGUCAGUGGCUCCACAUUUGUCAUCUCUAGGUUUCACUGGCUGUGUUAGAGUCCAUUUAUUUCAAAAGGAAUGAUGUAUAGGAAUUCUAAAAGGAAUCCUAUACAGUAUAUCAUCAACCCAAUUCCUUCAAAAUAUAAAACGUUUUUUGGUAAGGAUACCAGUGCUUCCUAACUUGUGUCUUCUGCUCAUAGCUGAGUGAGGAUCAUCAAUUAAAAAAUGUUAUUGAAAUGUCAUUCAAAAGCCAGUCCACCUGCGUCCAUUACAUCCGGAAAAUGAGUAGAAACGCGAACAUGAUAUUAUUAUUAUUAACCAAUAGAAAUACUGAAUGUGAAUAUAUUAUUUUGUUAAGCAUUAUCUGAUCAAUUAUUUUAAGAUUAAGAUUUGGGUUUAGGAAGUGCACGACACUAUAUUUAAUCUCAGAUGUUAAUAGUGUAAAUGCUAACCCUACUGUGCCAACGAACACAUCUCGUAGCACUUCAAUGCAACACGUUGACUUUUGACCCCUGACAAAUAGUCUUGUGAACUCUAAGUGUUCUAACAAUUCCAGUUGUGAACCACUUCAGUUCCAGAGCCUCUGGGUGUGAGGUCUGGUACUGACACAUGGGGAACCUUUCAGUUUGUGUAUAUAUGAAUGACCUUUGUACAGCCGACAUCAGAUGUUUCAGAUGCAAGUGCGGUGUUGGUUCUGAGGAUCUUGAUAAUCAGGGUCCUUGUUAAAUCCUUCUGUAUGCAUUAUUCUUCCGUGCGGUUUUCAGCAGGUGCGAUCAGUGGUACAUGGACUCCUUUUGAAUGUGGGGGUUCAAUUCAUCAUUGUGAAUAUGCACGAUACAUGAUGUGUUGGUUAGACGUCAUCUCUGUGUUUACAGAGAUAAUGUUAAAAUCCCUUUCAUGUUUACAUGGCAAUGUACUGGAAAAUCCACUGUCACGCUGGUUACAGAGAAGAAAUCAGUGUGGUGAUCAGAAAUGUUGGUCAAAUUCUACCUGCUCUCAGUCUACAUAUUGUCUCUCUGACCUAUUAGUCUUGUUCUGUGUGUGUGUGUGUGUGUGUGUGUGUGUAUAUGAAUGUGUGAGAGUCUUUAUCGGUUGUGAGACUUAAUGAACUAUUGACAGGAGCUUCCGAAUCCUCCUUUCAGCCUUCCUCUUUUUAACAUGCAACAUUCCCCAAUGUCCUUCUUCCAUGCUAUGUAAACCAAGAUACCCAGAAUGUUGACGUUGUAACGUAAUAUGUAUAAAGUGCCAUAGUAAAUCCAGAUGAACCACG